AUGAAUAUAGCAGCUAAUAAAAAGAAAACGAUAGAUGAACAACUGACGAAUGGCAGACUUAAUGCGUUAUUUCGUCGAAGAUUAAAUCACUUUUCAUCAGUCAUUACCAAUCGUUUAUGGCUCAAUGCUCACACGAAUUAUGACUGUGAUGUUUUACUAACAUUUCCGAGUCGCAUUGAUGAUUAUACUAUUAUUUGGUUUCUUGAACAAUUACUUCAACUUGCGCCUGAUAUUCGCAUUUCGAUUAAAUAUCAUUUCACAACCGGUGUUUAUGGUUUCUAUGUAACAUUUACUUACGAAAGGCUGUUGAAAGGUGCCGAUGAGCUUCAAUUAGAAAAACCAAUUAAACAAGAAUUUGGUGGUGGAUAUAAAAUUUUUUUCUUUGAUGAAUUAGAAUUUUAUGAAGGUUUUGAAGAUGUGGAUAAAUUUUUUACUUCUCAAGAACGACAAUCGAUCGUUCAAUAUCUUCUGUAUUCAAUAAAAAUUGUUCAUCAACAAGAAAUCAGUGGAAUCGAAUUUAAAAUAGAUCAAUCAUUAAUACAACAUAGUUUAGACAGAAACUUAAUUCUACAAGUAAUUCCAUUGCAUAAUAAAGAAACAUUAAAUCGUCUUCGAGAUCUAUGGGUUUGGCCUCAUACAGCUUUUAAACGUCAACCUAUCGGUAAAAGAUAA